AUGACAGCUGAUGAUGAGGAUAUUCUCACUUUCAACUGUAUCUUUCUUCCCACGAGAUACUAUCAGAGUGAUAUCUCAGAACUUGCAAGACAUUCUAAAAAUGAAAGAUUAACAAACCUCAAAUUAGUAGCUAAUAUUACCAAACAUCCGCCUGAUGAUGGCUAUUAUAUAGCUGAACAAUAUGAUGUCAUCGUGCUUAAGGCUAAUAAAAAAGACGCGGUUGAUGUACUUAGGCAUCAAGUUACGAAAAGGCUGAAACCUUUGUUUAAUAUUUCUUCCAGCACAUUACGUCUUUUUAUGCUUAAAUAUGAUACAAGUAUCUAUGAAGUCAUCAAUACUUAUAAUAGCAUGGUCCCUGAUGCAACCGAAGUUAAAGAUAACUCGGAUGAAAACAAAAAUGACUCAGAUGAGUCAGUCAGCACAGACAGUAAAACAUCCCAAGGAAGCAUGACCCCUGAUACAACCGAAGUCGAAGGUAACCCGAAUAAAAGCAACUUAAAUGACUCAGUCAAUUCAGACAAUAAAACAAUCCAAGAGGCAAUCGACAAAUUUGACAAAUUACACAAAUUACCCAAUGCCAACCGCAACGUACGUAACCGAGUCAACCGAGUUAACCCAGACAAUCAAGCUAAUCCUUUGAAAUCGAGAGAAAUGAAACCAUACGAAAAGAUUGGUUAUUAUUUUGACAAAAAUGGUCGGACUAAUGAUAUUCAAAUCAUUGCUAGUGAUGAUAAAUAUGAUCCAUACAAUACAGGAAAAAAAUUCUUAGAAGUUCAGGAAUAUUGA